GUCUAUUUCGGUUAUGUAAAUUAUUAGGAGUUGAGAAAGAAGAAAAACCUCCAUAACCAAUUGAUGCUAGAAAGCAGCUACUGAAUAAAUGUCGUCAGUGUACGUAUUGGAACCGCCGACGAAGGGAAAAGUUGUACUCAACACGACGUAUGGGCCCUUAGAUAUAGAACUAUGGCCAAAAGAAGCACCAAAAGCUGUAAGGAAUUUCGUUCAAUUGUGUCUCGAAGGUUACUAUGACAAUACCAUUUUUCAUCGUGUCAUCAAAUCUUUCCUUGUUCAAGGUGGUGACCCUACCGGCACUGGCACUGGUGGUGAAAGCAUAUAUGGUGGUGUGUUUCCUGAUGAAUUUCACUCCCGUUUAAGAUUCAAACACAGGGGUUUGGUGGCAUGUGCUGGUGCAGGCUCACCAAAUUCAAAUGCGAGUCAAUUCUUUAUGACUUUGGAUCGUUGCGAUUUUCUCGACAAGAAGCAUACAAUUUUUGGAAAAGUAAGUGGGGAUUCAAUAUAUAAUCUUAUAACAUUGGGUGAAGUUGAAACUGGCAAGGAUGAUCGGCCUGUGGAUCCUCCACCUAAGAUACUAUCUGUAGAGGUAUUAUGGAACCCUUUUGAGGAUAUUGUCCCAAGACCGAAGCUUGCAAAAGCUUUACCUUCUGAAGUAACAACUGAGAAGAAAAAUGCAAAGCAUAAAGCUACUAAAAAGUUGAACUUGCUUUCAUUUGGAGAAGAAGCAGAAGAGGAGGAGAAAGAGCUUGCAGCUGUGAGUACAAGGAUAAGAAGCAGUCAUGAUGUCUUGGAUGAUCCACGUCUGCUGAAGGAAGGAAAACAUGAUCAAGCUUUGGACUCAAAUGAAGGAAAAUCGACAAGGGAUGUUCAGUUGACAAUCAGAGAAGCUUUGGGAUCAAAGAAAGAAGCGUCUAGUAAAGAAUCAGAAGCUGGUUUUCAUGAAUCCCUUGAUAACAGUGAUGAAGACGAGGCUGGCUUUGAUGCACGUAUGCGUCAGCAGAUACUAAAAAGGAGGAAGGAGCUUGGCGAUCCACCGCCCAAACAAAAGUUGCUCAGAGAGAAUGGUAAUGCAAGAAAUCGUUCGCCAUCUCCUCCAAGGUGCAGGUUUAAUCUUAUUUCUCUCCAUGCUGUUCUCGUUUCUUAUAGCACAUUGCCAUCUCAAAAUACAACAGUAGCUGAAUAUCUAGUUUCUUGACCAUAUGCUCUUUAACCAUCUGCUUGUGUCCAGCAUUUAUUACGUUCUACUUUUGUUGAACUACAUGAAUAUGCUUUUUAUAUGAGAUGGUCACAUGGUUCAACAGUGGUUAUCCCUAAAUACUUAUUAUGUGAGAAGGCACGGGAGAAAAUAUGUUAUUGAUAUAUUGAA